UGUUUUUGUUCAGGUGCUUGCUCUUCAAGAACGACGCCGAAACCUCGGCCACCUCCACCCACCCCACGGCCAAACAUCACAUUCCACACAUACGAGUGUCCACCCGCUUAUUCGGCAUGGUACUGUCUUAAUGGGGCAACUUGUUUUACUGUUAAAAUCGGGGAAUCCCUCCUCUAUAAUUGCGAAUGUGCAGAAGGCUAUAUGGGUGCUAGAUGUGAAUUCAAAGAUCUAGAUGGAACAUAUUUGCCAUCUCAACGAAGGUUUAUGUUGGAGACAGCAAGUAUAGCAGGAGGGGCCACGAUCGCAGUAUUCCUAGUAGUCAUUUUGUGUGUGGUUGUGUAUAUUAAUUAUAAAAGAAGAACCAAAGCGUCGCAGGUCGCCGCAAGCGACUGCGUCGAUGGACGCAUCGGAGGUGCGUUGCGUUCGCAACCGACGUUCGGGACGCGGUGGCGGACUUCAACUAACAAUUCAACGACUGCAACAACGGACUUAACGAUUCGUGUGCAUGAUCGUGGUGAUCAUAGACACAGUGGUAAUAAUAAAGUCGAACUACAACAGAUUACUACCCUCCUAGGUAACACCGAGCAGCCUUCAAAAGUUUGAAAGUUUAUUUAGUUAGUGGUAAACUAAUGAAAUAACAAUUGCGACAACGAAAACGAAAACUGAAGAAGAAGAAAGAACGAAAGAUACGGAAAAAAAAAACAAAAAGGCUAAAUCGAACCCGAACCGUACCGUUGUUGUCUCGUGUAUUUAAAUUAAAGUGAUGAUCCUUGUUUUUGUUUAAUAAUUACAUAUAGAACUUAUGUGAAGGUUUAAAUUUAUUCACGCAAAAAAAAGAAACAAUAAUGUUGUAUAAACUAUUUAUACAGAAGUGUUAAGCACUUGUUAUAUGCAGCUUUGCUACUAGUUAUUUAUUUUAUUUUUAUAAAAAGGAAUGAAUCUCGCAGUCAUCUGCUUGUAAAAGCGCUGUCGAAUAAUAUGAUGAGAUGUCAACGUUUUUGACGGAAAUGUAUAAAAAUAAUGUUUUGUAGAG